GCUGACGGAUCACCUGCGCCCAGCCCCCGAUACGGGUGGACCUCGGACCCCAAGCGGGUUCUCCUCAAACAAUUACAGUCUCUUGCGCCCAGGAAGUUUUUUUUGUCGUUUUCAGAGUGCUACUGUGUUCUUGAAAAUGACCCGACGCAGGUAGAGCGCCUCGUCCUUGAUAAGAUGGUUAAGAAAGAUCACUUUCUUGUGUCUUCUUUCUCACUUGGUUAUCCUAAAAUCUGUAGUUAGCAGAGUGAGUGGUAGCGUCGUCCCGUUUUCCGGAUAAAGAAACUGCGGCCGCUCCAUCAAAUGACGUGAUGUCCUAGAGUCUGGAGGAAUCUUCGGAGGAAUGCCCUGGAUCUGUUCCUGUGCUUUGUUGUUGCCAAAAAAAAGGAUCCAGCUUCAGCUCCCGGAUGAAGAUGGUGAUCACAGUGACAAAGAAGAUGAACAGCCUCAAGUGGUGGUUUUAAAAAAGGGAGAUCUGUCAGCUGAAGAAGUUAUGAAAAUUAAAGCAGAAAUAAAGGCUGCCAAAGCAGAUGAAGAACCAGCUUCAGCUGAUGGAAGAAUCAUGUAUCGAAAACCAGUCAAGCGCUCCUCAGAUGAAAAAUACUCAGGUUUAACAGCAAGCUCAAAAAAGAAGAAGACAAAUGAAGAUGAAAUACGUAAGCAGGACUCCGUUAAAAAGAACUCACAAAAGCAAGUCAAAAACAACAGCCUCCUUUCUUUCAGCAACGAAGAUGAAAAUGAAUAAGUGUCAACGUUUUGGACUUAGUCUUCUUUAAAAGUUUAUGGGGUGUCUUUUAAAAUAACAUUUUCUUCUACUAUAAAAAUAAUACAAGUUCAUUUUAGAAAAUGCAGAAAAAAAUUUAGUAAGAUAAAACUAUGUCCAUCCAUCAAUACCCCUUUGACUUGAAAUGCUAACUCUGUAGACAUUAACUAUUAACAUUUUGUUAUUUCCCAUGUGUGGGUGUGUAUGUUAUGUAAAUUAUAUUUUUUUAAACAAAAUUGAGAUUGUAUUGUGUAUGUUCUCUGUCCUGCUUCUCACUUGACAUUAUAUUGUGAGCCUUUUUCCAGGUCAGUAAAAUUCAAAAACCUAACAUUAAUAGCUACAGAGGAUUUUGUAAUUAAACAGAUCCCCUGUUGUAUCCUUCCUCACUUUGAUGGGAGAGACGACAAUGUGCUAGUUAGGAAUACCUCCCCAGCUCCUGCUAAGGGUAGCCGUGUGACAGCUCUGACGAGAGAGACAAGUGGAUCUUGUACAAGUGAGGAUCUAGUGUAUAACAUGGUGACUGUAGUUGGUAACACUGUAAAGAAAAAGAGAGAAAGAAGUGGAAAUCUGCUUAAUGAAGCUACUAGGUUUUUUGAUACAAAAGGACAGAUUUGGCAAGAAUGAGCCUUUGUCCUCUCUUCAUCUUGCCUGGAGGACAGACAUGAAACCUGGGAGUACUGGAGCCAUUUUUGGGCAUAAGGAAGGCAGCCGCUUUGUCUGGGUGUUACAGUGGAAAGAUUCAAGGAGCUUGGCUCCUGAUGGCAUGCUUCGAGGAGCUGCUGAACCAGCCUUGGACUGCUAGCCUCUAGACUUCUUGAUACAUGAGAAGAAUCCACACCCUCUUAUUUAAGUCUUUCUCAGGUUUCUGUUACAUGCAGCCUAGGUGAUACAUUGGUCAAAUGUGCUUGUACAGAAACCUCCAAGCAUUUUCUGAUGAUUUCCUUAGAAUGAAUCGCUGGAAGCAGAAUUGCUGGAUCAAAGUAUUUGAAUAUUUUUAAAACUUUUGAUGCUUGCUUUCAAAUUGCUUUCUAGAGAGGUUUUUACCAUUUUAUUCAUUUACCAUCUACAAAAGCCCACUUCACCUCAUCCAUGAUAACAGUGCACCAGCCUUGGGCUGGUACCAGCCUUUUCAUUUUUAUGAACUUAAUGUAUUAAAAAUAGUGGGUUUGUUUUGUUUUGUUUUGGUGAGGAAGACUGGCCCUCAGCUAACAUCUGUUGCCAAUCUUCCUCUUUUUGCUUGAGGAAGA